AUGGCGGAGAUGAUGGAGGAGAAGCGCGUCGCCGGUGCGGAUGCUCGCCCCGCCGACGCUGCCACGCAGCCGGAGCAUGUUGAUGACCAAGACACCUCGACGUUGGCCCAAGAUAUGAACGAAUUGGACGUGAAUACGCAGUCAGCCGACCCAUCCUAUCUACGUGAAGAGCUCGCGCGUGUCCAAGAGGAGCGCGAUGCCUUUGAAUCUCAAUACAAUAACCUCCUGGAGAAGUUGGCGCACAUGCGGACCACCGUCGGCGAGCGCCUGCGCCAGGACGCCGAGGAGCUCGAUCGGAGAGAGCAGCAAAUUGAGCGGCUUACCUCACAGGUCGGUGACUACGAAUCUGCGUCAGUCACGCUCAAAGAUGAGCUGGUCGCCUCGAAUGCCGAGAACGAGCGCAUGACCGAGGAGCUCGACAAGCUGCGGGGCGAGAUGUCCAAGUCGGUCACACUCAACGAUCCCGCCGACUUUGAUCGUCUCGAGGCGCGGUGCCGCGAGCUGCAAGAGAUUGUGGAUGGACAGCGUGUCGAUCUGGACCGCUGGGAGAGCGCCCUGAUGGAGGAGCGGUCGUGGAAAGAAGGGCUCGAGGCCCAGGUCCAGCGCACGGAAUCCGCGCUGCAGCAUGCCAGAGAGCGCGAGAUGGAGCUGCAGAGCACCGUUGAGCAAGAGAAGCGCGUCGCGCGCCAGCUGCAGCAGGCCCUCGAAGAGUUCCAGCUAGCGCAAGAGCGCGAUGUUCAGCGGACUGUCGGCGAGAUGCAGAACCAAGUCGACAAGGCCGAGUCGGAGCUAGAGACCUACAAACUGCGUCUGCACGAUACCGAGGCCCAGCUUAAUGCGGCGCAGGAAGCCACCAGCAAGUGCGAGGCGCUGGAGCGCGAGGUGAAAGAGAAAAACCUAUUUAUCGGCAAGCUGCGGCACGAAGCCGUGAUCCUCAACGAGCAUCUCACAGAGUCCCUGCGCCAGAUCCGGCGAGAGUCGUCCGAGGCGCUCGUCGACCGCCGGCUGGUGACCAACCUCGUGCUGCAGUUCCUCUCCUUCCCUCGUGCAGAUACCAAGCGCUUCGAGGUCCUGAAGCUCAUGGCCUCCGUCCUCCAGUGGGACGACGAGCAGCGCGAAAAGGCGGGCCUUCAGCGCAACCAGGACCGCGGCGGCGGGUACCGCCUCUUUGGCUUUGGGUCGUCCCAAAAGGCGCCGCAGUCUCCGGCGCCCAGCGGCGGCGCAGGCGACGAGGCCGCCGUUACCAAGCGCGACGGCAAGGACGUCAACGCCGAGGUCUACCUCAUCCGUCACGGUGAGAAGAUCGACGACGACCACACCGGUCUCUCGCCCCGCGGUGAGGAGCGUGCCGACUGUGUCGCCGACCUCUUCUCGCAGGGUGACCUGAAGGUGGACGCCAUCAUCACCCAGGACUACAAGUCGAACGGCAAGCGCAUCCGCCCCUACGACACCGUCAAGGGCCUCGCCGACCGCCUCGGCCUCACCAUCGACCACCACUGCGACCGUGACGAUCAGGACUGCGCCGCGAAGACCAUCUCGAAGGCCGCCGACAACGGUGCGCAGAAGAUCCUUGUCUGCUGGGAGCACGACGCGCUCUCGGACAUUGCCAAGGCCAUCGGCGUCAAGGGCCUCGACUACCCCUCGGAGCGCUUCGACCUUGUCUGGGAGAUUGACAACGGCAAGCUCACCAAGCAGUUCUCGGAGGAGUGCCCCAACCUCGACAACUAA